AUGGUCGGACGUUAUAUCUUUCCGGCCCCCUCGGAUGAGGCACUCCAGGUCUUCGAAGAGAAAAUCAACUAUCCUUUUGGAAAUGACGCUCUGCCGCGCGAGGCGCUUCAAGCCUUCGGCAUUUCAAUGAAGAUGGCCAUAAGGAACUUGCCUUCAUCGAGGGUUAGAAAUGCCCACCGCGCCAAGCAGGGGUUUAUCCAUGGCAUUAACAGAUUCGUCGUCACACACCCCUCCCGAUCUGGCAUUAUGCCCAAUGUCAUGGCCACCGGGGCGGGCGGGAGCAAAUCCAGGCCGUGGGUGCUUUUCAUUCGACAUUGUGGUGGCUUGCAAUGGCAUGCCCUUGUAUGCCACAGCACUAUUUAA